GGAGGAGGAGGAGGAGGAGUUCCGGAGGAAGAAAGUCCGUUUUCUCCAGAAAAGCGGUGGAAGUGUGGAGGAAGAGGACUCGGGGCAGAAGGUGGGAAGGCGUUGCGAAGCUCCAGAACAGGAAGUCAGAUUGCGUGGCGUGGUGAAAUCAGUCCGCUGGUCCUCAGCUCCGCAGCUGUGUGUUCUCCUGAGGCGGGCCGAGCCGCAGACCGCCGCCGCCAUGUCCCGCUACCUGAGGUACUUCACCACGGUGGGCGACGAGCAGCCGGGGCCGUGGCAGGAGGACCAGGAGGACCAGGAGCUGCACCGGGCCAGCGAGGAGCUGAGCCCGGCCUCGGGAGUCCUCCCAGCAUCGCUGAGCUUCAGGGACGCUCUCAAGAGGCUCUACAGCUCCGAGCGCUUCCAGAUCUUGGUGGUGUGUCUGGUGGUCCUGGAUGCGUUCUUCGUCCUGGCCGAGCUCCUCAUCGAUCUGUCCGUCAUCAAGCUGGAACAUGGCCACAUCGCCCCGGAGGUGUUUCACUACCUGAGCCUGGCUCUUCUCACCUUCUUCAUGGUGGAGCUGGGCGGGAAGCUGUUCGCGUACCGUCUGGAGUUCUUCCAGCACAAGUUCGAGGUGUUUGACGGCCUGGUGGUGGUGGUCUCCUUCGUGCUGGACGUGGUCUUCAUCUUCCACGAGGACGCCUUCGACGGGAUGGGACUCCUCAUCCUGCUGCGGCUCUGGAGGGUGGCCCGGAUCAUCAACGGGAUCCUGGUGUCGGUGAAGACCCGAGCGGACCAGAGGGUCCACAAGCUGAAGGAGAGCUACGACCACCUGGUGGCUCGAGUGACGGAGCUGCAGGAGCGCAGCGACAAGCUGGAACAAGAGAACCACAAGCUGCAGGCGCUCCUGAAGAAGAACGGCAUCGACUUCUGAACCGUCCCUCCCCUCCACUCCUCCAGUGUCAGUAGCUGUACAGCUUGUCUUUGGUCUGUAUUAUUAGAGCUUUUAUAUAUAUGAACUAUCUAAAUGCCUCAGUCGCCACUCUAAUGUUUAAAGGAUCAAAGUGUCGGGGGUGUCAAGAUAUAGUCCAGGAGCUGGAUCCCAAAGGGGAGAAAUCAAAAGAAAACUUUGAUUUUUGAUCCAAGAGAGCUGAUGGAAAAUCAAACGCUGUCAGUUGUCGGUCAUUUUACUGCAUGUUUCAGUCACCGUUAAAUCUGGUAAAGCGUUAAAACGUAGAGCAGAAGGGCAAAAGCUGUCCUGAUCUUGGUUUUCAGUAUGAGUACAGACUGUGAAAGCGGGGCCUCACGAUCCUUCCGAUUUUUUGAGUUUUCAGCAGGAGGUGUCAGAAAACCUCCC